ACUGAAACGAAACAAUCCUCGAUCCGCGAACUAGCCGACUAGCUUACCGCAAAAGAGAGGUCGGGUAAAUUUUGGAACAUUGUCCGACCCUUUUUAUCUACUUUCUAUCGGCGACAGGAGCAGUCUCUUUUUCCGCAUUUGCUCGCAGUAUUUUUAUUUCAAGAUUCCAGCUGUACACGUCAUGUUGGUCCAAUUUUCGCCGACUUAUCUCGAACCGCUUUGACGAAAGAGCGCGCUUUUGCAACGAACCACGAAGUGAGCACGGAUACUCUGCCGCCGCUGUGAAAUUAGUGUCGGGUGUGCGAUCCAGCGGAGUCCGCGACCGGCCCCAGCGGUGAGGCCCGUGAAGCCUACGCAGAUCAUGUUCCAAAACAGCCGCUCCUGCUAGAAGCCUGCUGGCAGUGAUGGAUUGCAGCAAGGAAGAGGUGUCUACCUUCCUUCACUCUGUGCUCAGCUGCGAAAAAGGGGGCAUACCUCUUUCUAGGCUGCAAGAGGAGUAUACAGUGCUCAUUGGCAGCCCCAUUCCGUACAAGAAGUUUGGCUAUGACACCCUGGAGGCAUUCAUCGGGAGCAUUCCCAAUGCGGCCACCAUUCGCAAGCGUUCCCGGGACACGGUGGUGGAGGCGGUGACGAAGCCGUCCACGGCCCACAUGGCCCACCUGGUGGCCGGACAGAAGGCGGCGGCCAAGGACAAGCCACUCCUGCGCCCCGGCCGGCACCCGGCACCACGGCAGGCGCCGAGCGUGCGGUUUGCGUCGUACCAGAGCCUCCUGGACGGACAGGCGGGGAGCCCCGUGCGCCCCGCCGGCAGCGCCCCCCUCAACCCGGCGUCCAGGCAGCCCGUCGUCCAACGCAGGCACAGGGGCCUCCCCCAGCUGAAGCCCGGUGGCCGGCUGGAAGUGGCUCCCCGCUUCCAGCGGCGCUCCAACGGCGUGCCCUCCCCCGUGCCCCCCGACAGCCCAGCCGGCCAGGAUAGCGCCGAGAGGGUCCAGGGGGCCCCGUCGCCCCUCCCGUUGCCCCUCCCGUCGCCCGUGGCGCCCACCACACCCCCAGGUCGCUCGUGCCGGGAGCUGGUGGAGGAGCUUGCGGAGCGGAGGGGGCUGAAGGCGUCGUUCAGCGUGCUGAGCAGCCGCAGCUCCAAGCAGGGCCCCCUGACGUGGCUGGCCAGCGUGCGGCUGGACGGGCAGACCUUCCAGUCGUACCCGGAGGAGUUUGAGUCCCGGGAGGCGGCCCUGGAGGAAGCUGCCCGCAGGGCCCUGCAAGGCCUGGGACAGGGCUUGAAGCAAUCGCUGCCGGAGACUCCAGCUUCGAGUGCGCAGCAGGUGGAAUGCCUCCUGGGUCGAGUCAAGGAGCUGGUGUCCCAGAAGCCCAACGGCCUGUGGAGCAUAGUGAUUCCGGACAUGUACAGAGAGCAGUACCACGAGACACUGCCCAAGAACUGGCUGGACCUGGUCAAGUCGGCCAGUGUUGUCAGCAUCACCCAGUUUGGAGACGGCCGCUGCGUCCUGGAACCCCGGUGGAGCGGCUCCCCCGGUUGCCCCGUGCCGGGCGAGCGGGGGUCGCAGCCCGAGGGGCGGAGCUCGGACAGUGACACGAGCUCCACGUCGGGCACCUUCUCGGAGCCGCUGCCCUUCCCGGACGGCAGCUACUGGGACGUGUUUGUGACCUAUGCGACUGGCACCGACAACGUCUUCUUCCGGCUCGUGGACCAGUCCGAGAGCUACGACCAGCUGGCGGCGGAGAUGGACGCCUUCUACGCCUGCCAGAGCCUUCCGGUCUCGGAGCUGGUGGAGUCGACCGUGUACGCGACCCAGGUGGAGGGCAGCUGGUUCCGGGUGCAGCUGGUCCGGGCCGGCCGGGGAAAGGCGGACUGCUACUUCGUGGACCACGGCGACAUUGAUGCGGUGGACGUGUUGAAGCUGCAGGAGUUGGAUCCCCGGUUCAUGAGCCUCCCCUUCCAGGCGGUGCAGUGCCGCCUGGACGACCUGCUGGAGUUUGCGGGGGACGAGCGGGCCGGGAGCCUCCUGGCGGACCUGGUGGUGGGCAAGUGCCUGGUGGCCGAGGUGGUCAGCAGGGACGAUCCGAUCACUGUGAUCCUGUACGACACAACCACGGAGGCGGACGUGAACCUCAACGCCCUGCUCUGGAGGCAGCUGCUCAGCCCGGCCUUCCCCGACGCGGGGGUCAUUGCCCGGGCCAGGCUGACCCACGUGGCCCCCGGGGGGGACCUCACCGUGCAGCUGUUGGGGCCCGGCUCCCGGGCACUGGAACGCCUCAUGGACAGCGUGGGCUCCUACAUCGGGGACGCCCAACCUGUGGCAUCGCCGAGCAAGUCGAGGCUGUACGUCCACCGGCAGAUGGCAUCCGGGACCUUCUGUCGCGUCGCCCUCCUCUCCGAGCCAUCCUCCGGGCAGCAGCGGGUGCACGUGAGGUGCGUCGACCUGGGGACGGAACUCUGGGUGGAGCCUGGCAGCCUGUACGACCUGGAGGCAUUUGGGGACAGCGUGGCCCGUCUUCCCCACCAGGCCCUGGCGUGCCGCCUGGGAGAGGUGCUUCCGUGGACGGAAAGUGCAACUCUGCGGCUCACCCAGCUGGUGCCCCCGGACCUGGAGCUGCUCGUCAAGGUGAUGAGCCCCGCCCGGGAGGACCGUCCCACUCUGGUGGCAUUCUUCAAGCGCACAGAGCCCCACAACGAGCUGGUCUCCAUCAACGCCUCCCUGGCCGUCUCUCUGCAGGCCGACAGGCUGGAGGACAGAGCUCCGAAGCGGGUGCUGCCCUUGGCGAGGCUGUCGUCGCAGACUUCGCUGGAGAGGAAGGUGGAAGGGGUUGAAUGGCGUGCCGAGGAGGAGGAGGAUGAGGGAGAGGCAAAGCUGCCCCCGCUGGUGGCCCCUGCCCUGCCCCCCGUGGGGGACUACCUGGACGUGAACGUGAUGGUGGCCGCCAACCCCCUCAACUUUGUCUGCCAGCCCUGGCUCAACGGAGGACAACUCAGCCAGCUCAUGGCCGAGAUGCAGGCCUUCUACGCCGCUGAAGGCAGCAGCGCGUUUCCCGAAGGCCUGCCAGAAGCCCUUCUACGCAGAGGACGGUUCUAUGCUGGCUGCCACACCGACAAGUGCUGGUACCGAGUGUUAGUUCACCAGGUCCAGGAGCCCCUGAUGGCGAGCGUGUACUUUGUGGACUACGGGGACUACAGCAUGAUGCGACCGUCGGAGCUGCAGCCCCUGUGGCGCCGCUUCAGGGAGCUGCCCGUGCAGGCUGUGCCCGCUUCGCUGGACAGAGUGGCGCCCGUGCAGAGCGACUGGAGCCCGGUGGACUGCCUCAACUUCCGCAACCUGGUGCAGGAGCGGCAGUUUGUGGCCCGCAUUGUGGCCAAGCUGCCCGACGACCGGACGGGCGUCCAGGGCGCCCACAGGCUGGUGGUGCGCCUCGUGGACACCUCCACCGACAGGGACGUGCAGCUGGACGAGCUCCUGGUGCAGCGCAACAUCGCUCGCAUUGUCCAGUCCUAGGAGCUCCUCAGGAAGGAAGCAAAAGCUUGUGGGACAACUCGCGAGGGUAUAGCUACUUGGGGAAUGUCUUUUUUGUUGCAUUCGAGAAGCUCAGAAUUGCAAGUUUCCGAGUCUCUAGGAGAAACCCUGCAUCACCUUCGGUGGCUCACUCUCGAGUUCUACAAAGGCAAUCUGUCUCGCAGGAACUUUGAUUUCUGCUCUUGAAGUGGUAGCGCUUCCGAGAUAACCGGGAAACUAGUGAUACUCUGCUGCGUGUUUCAUUUUUGCUUCCGAGAUCGGCGGAGGUCGUCCGGCAAACGGAAUCUCUUUUGGGUUUGAGCAGCUUCCUUUUGUUCUUCUCUUUGAGUGGUCAGAGUUUGUUUGUGGCAAGUUUGUUUUUGUGUUGUUAUAGUCGCGGAGCCUGGAUAAAUAACAAAGUGUGGUAAAGCGCCGUUCACACAUAUGCAACCGAGUAAGACCGAGAGAGACGAGACCGGUUUUUUAGCUUCUUGCAACGUCUUAUGACCGGAUGCGCUGCUGCGCAGCUGGUUCUAAGAUGUCGCAAGAGGCUUAAAAACCGGUCUGGUUUCUCUCGGUCGUACUCGGUUGCAAGAGUGUGAACGGGCCUUAGACAUCAAGCAGAUAACUUGUUUUGACAUUUUGCAAAGAAACAUGUGUUGCUAUUUAGGUUCCGAGUAAAAUGUUUAGAGCUACUAUAUCAGGUUGCUGUUUUGUACACCGAUGCAAUCUUCCCAAGACUCAGCCUUUUCUUCGUUGCUUUGUUUUGCCUCAAAUGUUGUUGCAAUCCUUGCUGAUCAAACUAACACUUUUCCUCCAAUGUUUCUUUUUUUUUUUUUUUGCCUCUUUGCUGAGGUGAGGGUAUCUCAGGCCAUCAUUUGCUCCCAAUUAAUCUGAACCUAAUGUGAGGUUGUCUGCUGAUGCAUUCUGAGGUUAUAAACCACUGAACUACAGAUGUUUGGGGGAUUGGCAGAAGUGACUUUAUAUGCAUUGAAGGAUUGCAAUGGGCAAAAGGGUAAAUGAAGGAAGCAACUUUGCAGCCCUCCGAAUAUUCUUUGUGGGGCAGCCAGUAUCAACAAGAAAAGUUUCAGUGCUCGGCUGAUGGUCUGAGGCUUCAGGGAACCCAAAAGGUUAGCAGAACCCCACUUGAGAACCACUGUUAAAAACACUAGUUCAUUCUCAGACUGUAUUCAGUUGUUUGCGUUUUCCUUUUAUCAUGCAGACCCUGUGAAAUUUGAUUAGUUUUCACUGACAGUUUAAAGGCUUAAGAAUAAAUUUCAACAUAAUGUAUGCAACCUUCACUUUGCACAGUUCCUCUUCGCUUUCAUUGAGGUACAGGAAAGCAAACAUUCCUAUGCAGCCCAGUAUGAUGGGAGACCUCACUGAAGGAUGAUACUUGCUGGGAAUACCUGCUGGCAAAUACUAUGUGAACUUGGUGGUUGAGUCAUGGGAUUUUAAAACAAACAUAUCUGCCCUGCAUAAUAAUUUGUUUCAUGAUGUAUUGCGAGUUUCUGACAUAUUUUAGCACUGCAACUUCCCGCCAUUACUUCUUUUGAUGAAGUGCUGAAUGCUUGAAAUUUCAAAUUCAUGGUUCCUCUGCAAAAAUGUCUGCCUUUGUCCUCUGUUUUGUACUUUUUAUUUCAAUUGUGAUUUGUCUUCAUACUCACGUUUAUAUUGUUUUAGCUGUCAGUGUGCACAGUUACACUGCUGGAGGGUCAGUGUGGCUUCCAAGUAUUUUGUUUCUUUCCUAGGGAAGGCACAUAGAACUCUCAGAACAAUACUAAGUGGUACUGCCAAAAAUGGCUGUUUUGUAUGCAACCCUGAGACAAGAAACCUGACAGCAAUAAUAUGUCUUGUUUAGCGAGCAAUCUUAUUAGUGCAUCAUUUGUGCAAUAAUGGGGCAGUUGACAGAUUUCAGCUGAAGUUUGGUUUGUUGUCUCAAACUAUAUUUUGUGGAAAGCUUUGUGAUGGGGUUUGCUUUUCACUGCAGCGACUUGGGUCGCUUUGCCGAGAGACUUGUGCAGUCCGUCGACUUCUCCAAGCUCAGUGGACUCUGUUUUGUAGCUCUGUGCAAGUUAGCAUGGUCUGUUGUUCUUUGGUAUGUUUGGUAGUAAUUUAUACUAUAGUUUAGUAUUUCUGUCUGGAAAGUUUAUAUUGUGUUUUGGUCCUUUGCUUCCAAUGGGAGGCCUUGGCUGAGCUGUUUUGCCCUGGCCGCAGUUCUUGCCCGCUCUGGCAAUGGUACCUCUGACAGCUGUUCCUAUAACAAGUCAUUACGCUGGGUUGCAUGGGUGUUACCACGCCUGCGGUGCGAUGCCAAAUUUGGAGCAGGGACUGUGCAAUUUUUAUGUCCCAUGCUUUACUCAAUUUUUUUUUACAAUAAACCUGCAUUCCAACUUGGUA